AGUGAACACUGAAACGACCUCUCCGUGGAGGAGAUCAUGAUGGGUCGCUACCAUAGCCAUGAGAUGUCUCCAAACCAGUGCGGGUCGACCCUAGUCCAAACCAUCGACGCACCCAUCUCUCUGGUAUGGUCCCUUAUCCGACGCUUCGAUAACCCACAAGUCUACAAGCGAUUCAUCAGGAGCUGUUCCAUCUUGGAUGGCAAUGGUGGCGUCGGUAGCCUGAGAGAGGUGAAACUGGUGUCGGGUCUUCCUGCUAAGACAAGUAGGGAGAGGCUGGAUGUGCUAGAUGAUGAUUCUCAUGUUAUGAUCUUUAGUAUAGUUGGUGGGGAUCAUCGUCUCAUCAACUAUCGCUCUACCACCACUGUUCAUGUAAUAGAAGAAGAAAAGCAUGACCAUAAUGAGAUUGGGAAGACGGUGGUGAUUGAGUCUUAUCUGGUUGAUGUUCCUAUGGGGAGUAGUAAGGAAGAUACGUGUCUGUUUGCUGAUACUAUCAUAAGGUGCAACCUUAGAUCCUUAGCUCGUAUCACAGAGAAGAUGGCUUCUGUUCAGAAUGGUGAAUCUUCGCGUACGUGAAUGUUCCUACUCCGUGGAUAUGAUAUCUAUUAAAUGAGGAGAGAAAAUAAAUGUUAUAUCCACAGACCAGGAACAUUCAAGCACGUGAAGAGUUACCGUACUUGCUUCUAUCUAUAAAUAAUAGUAGUCUUAACUACUGGUUGUAUAGUUUUAGAAACGGUGGACCCAGCUGGUUCUUUUUCUUUCUCUGGUUUGAUUCUGGUUUUGGCUAUUUUGCUGAGCCAAAUAAAGAUGGUUUGGAUAAAUCUUUUUUUUUUGGAAAUCCCGCAA